AUGAAGAAACAGAAGCCAUGGUGCAAGAAGAGUACCUAUAUAGGCAAGAAUAUGAAGUUUAAGACCUUGAAGCAGCUGCUGCCAAGGCUUAUUGAGAAGGACCACAGAUACCUCCAAAUUUCCAGCAGAGUAUCUGUAAAGCCUAGAAUGAAGCUAUGUGAUCUAACAGGCCUUCCUGCGCCGUACACAUGCCCAAACACGGGCCUCUUCUAUUACGACUCCUCUGUGUACAAAAGGAUCUGCGAGCUUCCAAGCGACCGUGUCCAGAAACUGUUCCAACUAAGAGAAUUCGGAAAGACGCUAUCUCCAUUCAGAAGGUGA